AUGCUGCCGUUCCGACAAGCCGCCCUCUUCACACUCACCGCCUCGACUCCCUCUCCCGUCACGGCUGAACAAGGCCUGACUGGGCGACAUACGCUCAAUGUGCACGACCUGGAUGGAGAAGGCCGGACAUGGCGUGUAGACGUGAGCGUCGCGAAGGUGUCGAUUUACAAGAGCAAGAACCUGACACUGCAUCUCGCUGGACGGAUCUUGACGUCGACGGUGGAAGUCUUCGAGAGCAACGACAUCCAUCUCCGCAUCGGCGACUCUUCCUCAGAAUCCUCUUCCUCGCCUCUCGGCACUCUCCAGCUCGACCCGUCUCUACACAACGUCUCGAUCCAGUAUGCGACGCCGGCCAAUGUCGGCAAAGUCGUCCUCGCCCCUCUCCUCACCGAAGACUCGCUCGGAGCCCGCUCGUUCGGCUUCUCUCAGCUCUCGCUGCAGGCGGGCUCGAAUGACGAGCCGUUCGUCGUCGUCGACGCGGAGGGGCGGAUUAGACAGCCCGGCGAGGCUGGCACGGUCGUUUCGCCGCUGUCGCCUCCGGCUGAAAUGGCGCGGCAGCUCGUCUAUAGCUUUGACGGCGGUCAAUGGCGCGUCGAGGGUCUCGAGCGGAGGGAGAAGGACUAUCCGAACUUGGCGUCCUAG